AUGCCAGGUCAAAAACCUUGCUACCAUCCCUUAGAGGCUGGAUUUUCUUCACCACUACUACUCACCACUAAACUCAGUAAUACUACCUCACGUCCGCACAAUCACAUAUAUGCAUCCUCAACUAGUCUCCUGCUAGCUACCCAAAUUCACAUCAACCCAAAAUGCAACGCUCCAAAUCCACCUUCCCAGCGCGCACGACUUCAACCACUGCAACUCUCUGCGCGCGCUCUCGCCUCACUUGAAACUGAAGGUUUCUUACCAUCAUUGGCGUCCUCCAGCCUGGAGGACAUUCAUGCGAUUAAUUUGAGCAAGGUGCGAGAUCUACUGGAACUCUCGCCGCUACAUCGGUGUCAGGGGCGGGAUGGAUUCGGAUUCGUUGGAUUUGCAAAGGGAAAGGUGGAGUCCCAGGAGGAAGCGGAGCUCAAAGGGGGGAUCGCCAUCAAAGCAUUGAUAGACUUGACUUCUUCAGGACCGGAUUUUGGAACAGCAGAGGUCGCUGGUGAGGCUUGCCAAAUAUAUCCACCAAGUGAAAGGAUUAACAACUGGGACAAAUAUCUCGCGCUAGAACGCCAAGUUCAAACAUUUCAUAACGCUCCUAUGCAUCAGCCUGUCUCCCAAAUAUCCAAUCUCCAAGUCCCCAAACCACUCCUCUCUUCUCCCUCUUCCUUGGCCUCUCUGAUGCUUCACUCUCUCCGGUUUCGCCGCACUCACCACCUGAGCCUCCGGCUCUUCCUUGACAUCUCUCUUCUUCUCCUUUGGUGCGAGUGUGGAGUGUCUGGGCCUCUGGGUGUACGACCUGUUGGGAGGCUUGGUGUCGGACCUGCAUCUAUGACGACAUGUUCUUGGCGUUGGGGCGAGGGUGAGAUCCCUAUACUCAGAGCCACGGCGGACGCCUGGGCCUGGACCCUGUUGCUGUUAUUUCAGCCGCCGUGGAGAGAAUUUGCGCGCAUGGUUGCUAGGCCUGUGUCAGAAUGCCGAUUAGAGUCGUUUCAUAUUGGGGAUUGGGGUACGGCGCGUGUUGGCACUCGUGUGGCUGCCUUCAUUCUGUGUAACAGGAGGCGGGGGAGAGAUAUUUUGAGAGCUGGCUCACUGGGCAGGUCCAUGAUUCAUUCCAAGAGCAGAAAUAAGAGCUGCAAGAGACUCCGGUUAAUGGGAUAUGGAUUCGCCUUACGUAUGCUGGAUUUCCCUAGCAGCAACUUCAUGUUCUUGCGGCAGGAUAAAUCGACCGUGUCCGCUAAACUGGGACCUCGCGUUAGAAAGGUAAAUACAAAGAGCCUGUGCAGGCGUAUUGCAUCGCAGACGAUGUAUUGGCUUUCAAGGCCUCAGGGUGGUCACAAAUUAGGUCACCUUGAAGAGGGUGAAUUCGCCUCUCAUGUUCUGCAUGAUUCUGUUGGAGAUAUGGCACUGACUAGGUUAGUACUCAAGCUGCUCGCUGUUGUCCGCAAGUCGAGCGAUGAAGUAGAUGAGGAAGUGCUCAGCAUGGCUUAUUCUGCCAACACGUUGUUCAGGAUGAUUGCGAGCUCACUUUACCAAAGCACCGACUGCACAUCGGAUCGUGAUUUUGCCUACGCUCCAGGUCAUCAACUUGUCCCAGAGAAACGGAAAUCUUAA